CGCACGAGUUGCCGCGCGGGGUCCGGAGUUGGUGCAGGUCAACGGAGAAGUGCAGGAAGAAGGAAAACCCCCGCUGGAGAUCAUCGCUUCGGUCGUCGCUGUCUUCGUCGGAAGGAGCCGAGCUCGGGAGUGUAGCCGGGGAUCCGCCGCUGAUCCGUGGCGUGGAGAGAAGAGAGCCUCCUCCGCUGUUCACCGGGACUGUUUUCCCGACAGCCGAACUUCCCUCCGCCGCCGCCGAGCCGCGGGGGGAUUCCUGCCGGCCUCACGUUUCCUGCUUCGCCCGCUUUUCCCGAAAUGUCAGGAUGUGAUUUGGGAACUUUAUUUUGACCCGACUCGUAGCCGACGACGAGUUUUGCUUCCCCCCUCCGGCUGGGUGUUGUUGAGGAAUACCGAGGGAAAGGCGGCUGUGAUCCGGUGAGAGGAGCUCGGAGGUGUGGAGAGUGAGGAGGUUCACAUCAGCCCAGUCCCCUUCAUACUGAACAGAAGAGGAGAGAGCGAGGCGCUUCAUGUCACCUGAGCCCAGUCCUUCAUACUGAACAGAUAUGGAGUGGUGGUGGGUGUGGCAGUGUGCCCUGGUUGCCCUAGCAACCGUUUACCUCGGUCCCUCCCAAGGCGAUGUUAGCUCCUCCCAUAAUGAUGGCCACACCCCUAUUUUGGUGUUCAACUCCAAAACGUUGAUCAACAACGUGGUCAUGGAUCCCCACACAGGGCGCCUGUAUGUCGGCGCCGUCAACUCCCUUUACCAGCUGGACUCUUCGCUCAAGGUCGAAUCCCGGACUGAGACCGGACCCAGGCGGGACAACCGACAGUGCACGCCGCCUGUCACAGCCGCAUGCGAAGAGGCUGUGGAGACGGACAACCACAACAAGUUGCUUCUGGUUCACGGUGCCAAGGAUACCCUGGUGGUGUGCGGCAGCAUUUUCCGAGGGAUCUGCUCGCUGAGGAACCUGAGCAACGUGGAGCAGCUGCUCUACUUCAAAGACACCAAUGGGGAGAAGUCAUACGUGGCCAGCGCCGAGGAGAGCGUGUCCGUGGUGGGGGUGAUGUCCUAUUUCACCACCAGGAAUAGAGAUAACUUCACCGUGUUUCUGGUUGGAAAGGGCUAUGGCAGCCACGACAGCACCAAGCUGAUCUCCACCCGCAUCCUCCAGGAUUACGCUGAUUGGGUGGUUUUUGAUAGCAUCAUUGAGGCCUCGGCCGUUCAGGCUAACCCCUUUGUCCUGCGAUACCUCCACGACUUUCGCUACGCAUUCAAAGACAGUCACUUCGUCUACUUCCUGUUUUCACGGACACUGGGUGUGCAGGACACCAAGAACUUCACGUUCAUAUCCAGGAUGUGCGAAGACGACCAGAGUUAUUACUCCUACACCGAGUUGCAGCUAAACUGUAGCGCUUCAAACAAGUACAAUAAAGCACAGGCUGCCUAUGUGGCAACACCGGGUAAGGUUCUGGCCAAGACUAUGACGGAAUCGGGUCAGUAUGGGCCGGUUUCGGCCUCCGACAAGGUUCUGUUUGUCACCUUCAGUUCUGACGAAGACCCAUUCAGCUCGGCCAUGUGCAUGUACCCUCUGCACUCCAUCAACCGGAGGCUGGUGGAGCUCAUAGGAGCCUGCUACAGUGACAAGGGUAUCAUCGAUGGCAAGACUGCCGUCUACUCCCCGUACUCCUCCAAGUCCGAAGAACUGUGCAGCAGGAAUGACCCGAACAUGGCGAUCAGAUACCAGUGUGGCGCUGAGUUCCUGCCCUCUCCGUUAGCCAGCAAGGCCGAGUUUGCCCUGGCCACCGAGCCCUCGGUGGUCCGCAAGGGCCACGUGACAGCCGUGGCGGUGUCUGUGCAUAUGGAUCACGCUGUGGCGUUCCUGGGCACCUCAACAGGCGAGGUGCUGAAGGUGCAUCUGUCCAGCGUCCCAGAGGUGUACGGACGGACGCCGGGUGACGUAACAGGGGACAAGGUCAACAGGAAUCUGCUGCUGGACUCCAGCCUCCAGCAUCUGUACAUCACCACUGACAAAAAGAUUGUGAAGGUUCCAGUCCAGACUUGCCAUCUGAAGACUGACUGCCACUCCUGCGUCUCCAUGAAAGACCCUUACUGUGGUUGGUGUGUCCUGGAGGGACGGUGCACCAGGAAGACGGAGUGUCGUAGGUCGGAUGAGGAGAAUACCUGGCUGUGGUCACCCAACCAGCAGUGUGUUCAGAUCCAGGCUUUUGACCCGCCCAACCUCAGCUGCAAGAAGACACAGCAGGUUGCGAUCAGUGUGCCUACCCUCCCCAGGUUAGAGGAGUCUAACAUCCUGCAAUGUGUGUUUGGCACCUUCUGCAGCACAGCUGUGCUGAAGGACAACCAGGUGACCUGUUCCCUGCCCGACCCCGUGGUUAUCCCGCCCACUCCUGACCAGCAAGACUAUGUGUCCGUCCCAGUGAAGGUGAUGGUGAAUGAUAAUGUUGAGGUGACCUCCGGAGAGUACCACUUUUACAACUGUGCUGCUACUGUCAGGAAGAACCAGAACACACCGUGCAUAGCAUGUGUGACCAGUAUGUGGGGCUGUCAGUGGAACGCCCAGGACCACAGCUGCAGUGACAGCGAUAACGCCAUAGAGGGACCUCACAUAGUCAAACCACAACAGUCUGAGAGCUGUCCCCAGUUCGAGUCUCCGGAGCCUCUGUUGAUCCCCGUGGGCUACAAAAUCCCCAUCAGCUUCCAGGGUAAAAACCUGGACAUCUUCAAGGCUCAGAGGUUUACCAUAGGAACAGAGCUCAUGAACCACGUCGAAGGGGAGGUCACUCUCGGCCAGGGGUCAAAGUUCAACUUCGGAGGAUACGAGUUUUCCUACGACAAGCAGCAGGAGGUGAAUGUGUCUUUCCACAUCAAAGACAGAGACACCGAGAGGAAGAUUGACAGCACCCUCACAGUGGUGCUGUACAACUGCUCCAUGGGCAGAGAGGACUGCAGCCUCUGCAAGCACGCCGAUGCCAAGUACCAGUGUGUGUGGUGUCCCGCCACCCAGACCUGUGUGUACCGAGAGCUGUGCCAGUCGCAGGAGCUGGCACAGUGCCCCGACCCCAAGAUCACUGACAUUAUACCCCGGUAUGGACCCUUCAACGGCCAUAUCUCAGUCACCAUAAAAGGCUCCAACCUGGGCAUAAAGGCGACAGACAUUAAGAAGAUCUCUGUGGCCGGCGUGGACUGUGUUCACCAGGUGGACAGAUACUCCGUUUCAACAAGCGUGGUGUGCGAGAUCGGCCCAGUGAGGCGACCCGCCCCGACUGACCUCCCGGUUGAUUUCAAUAAGGGAGUGGUGGAAAUGGAAGUCGAUGGAGGGCGGAGGGGAAGCUCUGAAGUCUUCUUUAUUUAUAGGGACCCCGUGCCAGAGACGGUCAACCCAGUGAAGGGUCCAAAGGCUGGUGGCACCGUCAUCACCAUCACUGGAAAAGAUCUGAACACGGCGACUAAAGAUGAUGUCACGGUCUCUGUGGGAGGGGUGCCCUGUCAAGUGCUGGCGUUCGACACUGACAUUACCUGUAUGACAGGAGAGUACCAUGGGCAGAAGCUCCCCUCCGAGAUGUUAACUGUAAUGGUAAAAUACGGUAAAAACACCACCAAGGAUGUUCCCAUGCUGUUCCAGUACUAUGACAACCCUAAAAUCACAGACUACUACCCCAAGGCCAGCUUCUUAUGUGGAGGCAGGACAAUUACAGUGGUCGGGAAUGGUUUUGACCUGAUCCAGAGAGCAACCAUGAGAGUCCUACCUUCUGCUGAUGAGUUCUCACAGGACACCAACCCUGAAGAGUCCAUCCAGGAAGUUGUGAAGAAGAACGACACCGUUCUUAUGUUCUACUCCCCCGCUGUGAACUGCUGCCACGACAGCCAGUCCUUCAGAACCUUUGUCAAGCUGGACAAUAAGAAGGAAGACCUCAAGAACUUCGAUUAUCACCCCAACCCCACAUUUGACAAGCUGGCUAAAAACGACAUCACCGAAACCAGUAUCAUUAUUGUGACGGGUCGUGGCUUCUCCAAGGCAAUGACAGCCACCGAGGCAAAAGCUUAUGUGGGAGAUGCUGCCUGUAAUGUUAAUAUACUACAGGAUGACAAGCUGUUCCUGGAUGCUCCUCCUUCCAAGCCAGCAGCCGACUCGAAACGCCAGCGCAGAGACACCACCAGCGACCUACUGGAUUUAGUGAUUCAGUUUGGUAAUGGAAGGUGGGUAGUGGAUUCAGUCUACUAUGCCAGGAAAGACGAGGUUCCCCUGAUGAUCAUCAUCCCAGCAGUUAUUUUACCAAUGCUGCUGUUCAUAGCAGUGUCUGUGUACUGCUACAGGAGGAAGAGCCAGCAGGCAGAGAGAGAGUAUGAGAAGGUGAAACACCAGCUGGAGAAUCUGGAGGAAAGCGUUCGAGACCGCUGCAAGAAAGAGUUUACUGACCUGAUGAUUGAAAUGGAGGACCACACCAACGACCUGAGCGAAGCCCGCAUUCCCUUCUUGGACUACAAGACGUACACCGACCGCAACUUCUUCCUGCCCUCCAAAGAUGGCGCCAAUGACGUGAUGGUCACGGGGAAAGUACAAAUCCCAGAGAGCCGCAGGGCCAUCGUGGCCCAGGCACUCAACCAGUUCUCCAACCUGCUCAACAGUAAAACCUUCCUGAUCAAUUUUAUCCGUACGUUGGAGAGCCGUCCAGACUUCAACGCACGGGCCCGGGGUUACUUUGCCUCGCUGCUGACGGUGGCUCUGCACGGCAAACUGGAGUACUAUACAGACAUCAUGAGAACCCUGCUGCUGGAGCUGAUGGACGAGCACGUUCAGAACAAAAAUCCCAAGCUGAUGCUGCGGAGGUCGGAGACGGUGGUGGAGCGGAUGCUGUGUAACUGGAUGUCCAUCUGUCUUUAUCAGUUCCUCAGGGAUACAGCAGGGGAGCCGCUGUACAAGCUGUUCAAAGCGCUAAAGCACCAGGUGGAGAAGGGCCCAGUGGACGCAAAGAUGAAGAAGGCCAAAUACACACUCAACGACACAGGACUGUUGGGGGAUGAUGUGGAGUACUGCGUACUGACUCUGCAGGUGUUGGUGCACGGGGAGGGACCAGACGUGACACCGGUUAAAGUGUUGAACUGUGACACCAUCUUCCAGGUCAAGGAGAAGAUCAUAGAUCAGGUCUACAGGAACCUGCCGUACUCUCAGAGGCCCAAGGCGGACUGUGUAGCGCUGGAGUGGCGGCCUGGUUCCACAGGACAGAUCCUGUCUGACCUGGACGUGACCUCCCAGAAAGAAGGACGCUGGAAGAGACUCAAUACCUUGGCUCACUAUAAUGUUCGAGACAAUGCCACAUUAGUUCUGUCCAAAGUUCUACACACACAGCAGUCAUUCCACCAGAACCAAGACAGCCAUGAAGAGAGAAACGCCCUGUUGGAGGAUGAUAAUACCUUCCACCUGGUGCGGCCAGCUGAUGAGAUGGAUGAAGUCAAGUCAAAGAGGGGUAGUAUGAAGGACAAGGCUAUGACCAAAGCUAUCACUGAGAUCUACCUUACCAGGUUGCUGUCUGUUAAGGGAACACUGCAACAGUUUGUGGACGAUUUUUUCCGGAGUGUUCUUUGCUCGAGUUCAGUGGUCCCACCAGCUGUCAAGUACUUCUUUGACUUCCUGGAUGAACAGGCCCUUAGACAUGACAAUGUAGAAGAAGAGACUCUGCACAUCUGGAAAACAAAUAGCUUGCCCCUGCGGUUUUGGGUGAACAUCUUGAGGAACCCCCACUUCAUUUUUGACGUCCAUGUGACGGAGGUCGUGGACGCAUCACUUCACGUCAUCUCACAGACCUUCAUGGACGCCUGCACCAAGACAGAACACAAACUCAGCCGAGAGUCUCCCAGCAACAAGCUGCUCUAUGCAAAAGAGAUCUCGACGUACAAGAAGAUGGUGGAUGAUUACUACAAAGGUAUCAGACAGAUGGUUCCGGUGAGCGACCAGGAUAUGAAUACACACCUCGCUGAAGUCUCCAGGCAACACACAGACAAGUUGAACACCCAGGUGGCCUUACAUCAGCUCUACCAAUACGCCAGCAAGUACUAUGACGGGAUCAUCCAGUCUUUGGAUGAGGACCCCGCGGCCCAGAGUAAACAGCUGACUCUACGGCUCCAGCAGAUUGCUGCCGCCCUGGAGAACAAGGUCACUGACCUUUAACCUCUGAACCACAACACAUAUGUGAGGGACGGGAGAGGAGCAGGUUCCAGGGGAUGGGGGGGAGCUAUGGCUUUGCGGGAAAUUGUUUAUCAUAAUGGAAGUGAAAGGAGGGGCUGUAGGAAGCUACAUGACCUGUGACCAUACGAAGACUGAAGUAUCGGCGCCAACGGGGACUGCACAGGAGGCUGUUGACCAUGGAGGGACUGAAGUCUAUGGGACUCCAUGGGAAACUUGUUGACCAAAAAUAAGAUUGUAGAAUGUGAGAUGCCAGAUUUUGGACAAGUUAAGUGAAAAGAGAGUCAAGAGGGAUAUGGCGUUUGCAAAGCAGCGAUAACCGAAGUUGGCCUUCCCAAUAUGGCUGUGUGGCUGAAGCUAUGCCCCAUUCCUUAUUGAUUACUGACUCAAUAUUGCCACUGAAAAAUGGCUGCAUAUGGGACAUUUGACAGUGGGUGAUUGUCAAUGGUAAUUAGACCGAAAGGUUGGCAUUUUCAAUGAAUGGGUAUAAUUGUCUAUGGCUCCUACUUCGCCACAUUGCUAAACAAGACCUCCUUUGACAAUACCAGGACUGAAGGGCGAUGUGCCAUGGUGGCUCCAUAGGAUGUUGAUGUCCAUGUGAGGAAUGUAGAUUUAAGAUAACAGAUUUUGGACGUGUGAAGUUAUGAGGUAAACAAAUUACUCCAUGCUCUGUACCCUUUUAUCUGUCAAUCGGAUUCCGGGACGCUGGUGGAUACCUGAUGCCGGAUGUCUUACAUACAAGAACCUGAGGAAGCAUCAGAGGACUUCAGUGGAUGUGGACAUAAUUUGAAUUUAUUUUGUUCUUUUCAUCUCCUGUGGGGACAAAAGAAAAGGUGGUUAACUGUGGACACAUGCUGAAUCUGCCCGUGAGUGCUGAUCUGAGGUCAGUUUCACCAUUUCUCCACAAAUGGUCACAGGCUGCCAAGGAACUAAUCUCUUGUUUGCAUAGGAAGACAUUUAUAUCCUUAACCCUGGAAAUGCAGGUUUGGAUUUGCUUUUGCCUUGAGUGGACAGAUGGAUUUAGUAGACCAAUCAGAACCCGGUACGGUAUAUACCACUGACAAAUCAGGGGUCUCCGUUCUGUUGGCAUACUAACGAGUGAAAUGGGGGAUAUUGUAUUUUUCCAGAUAGCAGCAAACGGUGACAAUGAUUUUUCUUUUUAAUCGCCAAAUGUUCCGCCAUAUUGAAACCACCACAGAAAGUGUUUAUGACGAAAUUGUACUGAUAACUGAAAUUGCAGAUAAUCAGCUGGAUCAUUUCUUUAUGUGUAGUGUGAGAUUAAAUUUUAGUGUUCUUCCUCGUAUGGAAAAUGUUACGGUGCAGGCUUUAAGCAGUAGGCUUUGCAUACUCAUCAUAUACAAGGUAACAUCUUUUUAAUGACACCAAUAGAUGACCACUUAUUUUGUUUUCGAUGAUUUUUUAAAAAUUUCUUUAUGUUCUGAGGUGAAGCAGGGAUCGUCCAUGAAGUCACAUGACGAGGUCAUAUCCUGUGUAUGUACUGGCUUCUUCCUGUGUUUGACCCUCUUGCAGUGCCAUAGGACACAUGUCGGCCUGUCGCCUUUACUGCAGGGACCAGUUAAGACUGGUCGUUUCUGAUUCCUGUGUAAAAUCCUGAGCGCCUAAUUAUGUUGUCUUGUUUCAACACUCAAUAUUUAGUUUAUUAAUUUCGGUUUUUAUAAUAUACCAUCUUGAUCUAUUUUUUUUUCAAUGUUAAUGUUUCUCGACGCAGUUUAUUGAAGCUGAGUGGUAAGAUUUUUCUGUUUAACUCCUGUAGUGAACAAUACGAGAAUGAUUCUUAUACUCCAGAGAGUGGUACAAAGCCAUUUAACUAACUUAAACAGCACAUGUAGAAAGCACCAAUCUAGAGUGGGAUCUGAAUCAACAGAGUCCCUUGCCAACUGAUGGCAUCAAAAAUUACAAAAUCUCUGGAGGCAUCUGGGUGGCAUGGUGGUCUAUUCCGUUGCCAAGUAAAAUUGGGGGAGAAAAGGGGGGGAAAUCCAAAAAAAAUUUUUUUUACAAAAUCUCCAGUCUAAUAUACAGUUAAUGCACAGCAAAGUAACUCACCCCUCCAGUGCCUAUGUCACUAGUAUCAUUUAAAUUCCUAUAUGUCCGUAGAGUCAAUUUUAUGGAAGUGGAGAGAGACGGGUUUGUCCAUGAAACACAGUGUGAAGUAAUGUUUACUAAAGGGACCAUGUCAGUUUUUAUGGGGAAAAUGGGGGGAGGUCAAUUUUUUUUUAAGGACAUCGAGAUAUUUCUAUGCUAAUCUAUGAAGUGAAAAGGGCACAUUUAUGGAAUAGGUGUGGAGGAUCUGGAACAGUGUUUGAGUUAUUUAAGUGCCAUUAUGCAGCUGGGGUGUAUCGUGUAUAACUCUCAGCUGGAAUAUUCAUCUUCUUCAUCAACAACACCUGUAUUCUAUCUCUGCCUUAUUCUUUGCCUCCGUAGCCCAGAAGACAUGCCAUGUGAGCUGUAAGAGGCUUUGCUUUGGGUAAUAGCAAAGGUUGACAAUGUCAAUACUUGAGUUUCCUUCCAUUUUCACCAUUGAGUUUCUUUUAAGAUUAAUAACCUAGCUUUCCACAACUUGGAUAACCACAACUAGCUGCAUACAUCUGUCUAGCACAUUUGUGAAACUAAUUUGGAGAAGUUUGAUUUAUUGAUCCCUCUCAGUUCGUGAUGAUGUUUGCAACCUACAUGUAUUUCUAAAUGCUGUCUCUGUAGCAAUGUACAGUACCCUUCAAAAGUAUUCAACAUCCCUUGACGGUCAUCACUAAUUUCUGGAUUAUAAAAGAUAGUCACGAGGCGUCCGGGUAGCGUAGUGGUCUAUUCCGUUGCCUACCAACACGGGGAUCGCCGGUUCGAAUCGCCGUGUUACCUCCGGCUUAGUCGGGCAUCCCUACAGACACAAUUGGUCUUGUCUGCGGGUAGGAAGCCAGGUGUGGGUAUGUGUCCUGGUCGCUGCACUAGCGCCUCCUCUGUCAGUCGGGGCACCUGUUCAGGGGCGAGGGGCAACUGGGGGGAAUAUGUUUCGCUGACUUUUUGCAAAUAAAUUAAAAACUAAAAUAUAGUGUUUACAUUCAACCCCUACAUUUCAAUACUUUGUAGAGUACCCUUUUGCUGCAAUAACAGCCAUGAUUCUCUUGGGGUAAGUAUGUACAAGUUUUGCACAUUCUUCUGGAGUAAUUUUUGCCCAUUCUUCUUUGCAGAACUUGUACAGGUCUUGCAGGUUGGUGGAUUGGUGCCUCUGGACUGCAAUUGGCAGUCUGUGCCACAGAUUUUCAGUGAGGUUGAGGUCCAGAGUUUGACUUGCCCACUCCAAAACAUUCACCUUUUUGCUGCUGAGCUAUGCCAUUGUUGCUUUAGCCUUGUGUUUAGGAUCAUUGUCCUACUGGAAGGUGAACCUUCUCCCAAGCUUCAGUUUAAUGACAGACUGCAACAGGUUUUCUUCCAAUAUUUCCCUGUAUUUAGCUCCAUCCAUGCUGCCCUCAGUGUGAACAAGGUUCCCAGUGCCUGCAGAUGAAAAGCAACCCCAUAGCAUUAUGCUGCCACCACCAUGCCCUACUGUAGGGAGGGUGUUUUUUAGGGCAUGAGCAGUGUUAGGUUUGCGCCACACAUAACGGUUUGAGAUUUGGCCAAAAAACUCAACCUUCAUCUCAUCUGACCACAAAACCUUUACCCACAUACUAACUGGGUCUCUCUCAUGCUUGGUAGCAAACUCCAAGCGUGCUUUUAUAUGCAUAGUUUUGAGCAACGGCUUCUUUCUUGCCACCCUCCCAUACAGGCCAGAUUUAUGGAGAGCCCGUGAUAUGGUUGACUCAUGCACAUUUACUCCAGUUUCAGCCACUGACCUCUGGUGUGCCUUCAAAGUGACUGCAGGGAUCAUCUGUGGCUUUCCUCACCAGCCCACGUCUUGCUCGGACACUUAGCUUUGAGGGACAGCCUGUCCUACAAAGCAUCUGGGUGUCCACUUUCUGACAAUGGAUCCAACGGUGUUCCAUGGGACAUCCAAACACUUGUUUUGUAUCCCUUUCCCGCCUUCUGCAUUUUAAUCAUUUUAUCUCAUUCAUUCAUUCAUCAUCAGCCGCUUCUCCGGGGUCGGGUCGUGGUGGCAGCAAGCUAAGUAGAGCACUCCAGACGUGCCUCUCCCCAGCAACACCCUCCAGCUCCUGCUGGGGGACCCCAAAGCGUUCCCAGGCCAGAUUGGACAUGUAGCCCCUCCAGUGAGUUCAGUGUCUACCCUGGGGUCUCCCCCCAGUUUGCCGUGCCUGGAAAACCUCCAAAGGAAGGCGCCCAGGAGGCAUCCUAAUCAGAUACCCGAACCACCUCGACUGGCUCCUUUUGACACAAAGAAGCAGCGGCUCUACUCCAAGCUCCCUCUGGAUGUCCGAGCUCCUCACCUUAUCUCUAAGGCUGAGCCCAGACACCCUACGGAGGAAACUCAUUUCAGCCGCUUGUAUCUGCAAUCUCACCCUUUCAGUCACUACCCAAAGCUCAUGACCAUAGGUGAGGGUUGGGACAAAAAUUGGCUGGUAAAUUGAGAGCUUUGCCUUCCGGCUCAGCUCCUUCUUCACCACAACGGUCCAGUACAACGUCCGCAUUACUGCUGAUGCUGCACCAAUCCACCUGUCAAUCUCCCGCUCCAUCCUACCCUCACUCGUGAACAAGACCGCGAGAAACUUGAACUCCUUCACUUGAAGCAACAACUCAUCCCCAACCCGGAGGGAGCAAUCCACCAUUUUCCGUUAGAGAACCAUGGCCUCAGACUUGGGAGGUGCUGACUCUCAUCCCGGCCAUUUCACACCCAGCUGCAAACCGCCCCAAUGCAUGCCGGAGGUCAGGUUCUGAUGAAGCCAACAAAGCCACAUCAUCUGUGAAGAGCAGAGAUGCAUUUCUGAGGUUCCCAAAACGGACACAAUCCUCACCAUGGCUGCGCCUUGAGAUCCUGUCCAUGACUUUGUCUCUUACUUCAGUAUUCUGCUCCUUUGUCUUCAUUUUCUGAUGGAGUUCACACCCAGCUAAUGAACUUUACACAGAGUGCUUUUAUACCCAUAAACGAGGCCGUUACUUUAAUAUCUUACAGGUGCACACUAAUUAUGUCCAGCCGUGUUAACCUGAUUUUGUUUUAGUAAUAAUUUGUCAUUUGUGUAAAUUUGGAGCCUUCAGAGCACAAGGGGUUGAAUACUUAUGCAAGCACUAUAUUUUAGUUUUUAAUUUAUUGAGGAAAAGUCAGCGAAACACAACUUAUUUUGGCUUUGGGAACAUGCUGUCAGAGCUUAUGGGUUCACAAAAAUAAUAUUGUUCAGGAACAGAUGUGUGAGUAUCUUUUAUACUCCGGAAAUGAGUGAUGACUGUCAAGGGGGUUGAAUACUUCUGCAAGGCACUGUACCACCCUGUCUGAAUCCGUUGGAACUGUCAAGAAAUGGAUAUGUACCACAGUUUUAUCAGGACUUGGCCAUGUUUUGUUUUUGUUUUUGUUUUGUUUUUUUGCAAACGCAUGUUUAGAUCUGUGUCCCUUCACAAUAUUAACUUUGCACAAAAAAAAUAUUUCCACUUUGAUCACAGAAGCUCCUUACAACGAUUCAUUCAGAGUUGCAUUUGAAUGCAGGCAGUUUUUCAUGUGGCUGUGGAGAAAAAUUGUGAAGUUUGUCUUUGAACUUAGUUUCAAAUACAAGGGUCUACAAUUAGCACCAAGUACGAAUGGAUAUUAAGUCAAAAGAGCUCAAAUUAGGGGCGUCUGGGUAUCGCAGCGGUCUAUUCCGUUGCCUACCAACACGGGGAUCUCUGGUUCGAAUCCCCGUGUUACCUCCGGCUUGGUCGGGCGUCCCUACAGACACAAUUGGCCGUGUCCGCGGGUGGGAAGCUAGGUGUGGGUAUGUGUCCUGCUAGCUGUACAAGCGCCUCCUCUGGUCGGUUGGGGCGCCUGUUCGGGGGGGGGGGACUGGGGGGGGGGAAUAGCGUGAUCAUCCCAUGCGCUACGUCCCCCUGGUGAAACUCCUCACUGUCAGGUGAAAAGAAGCGGUUGGUGACUCCACAUGUAUGGGAGGAGGCAUGUGGUAGUCUGCAGCCCUCCCCGGAUCGGCAGAGGGGGUGGAGCAGAGACCAGGACGGCUCAGAAGAGUGGGGUAAUUGGCCAAGUACAAUUCGGAGAAAAGGGGGAAAUAAGCCAAAAAAACAAAAAAGAGGGCUCAAAUUAUAACUGGGGAGAAAGCAAUGAUGGGGGAGAUGACGUCAUUACCUGUGUUGUGCAAGAGCACCCAAGACUCUUGCAAGUUCAGAAUCGCCAGUUCUUUUUUUCUUUCCUUCCUCCUGUGGCCUAGGUCUAAGGUCUAGACCUCUGCACGCCUGACCCACGCGCAGUUUUUCUCGGCAGCUUCCCGCUACCGUUUCUCCCCUGAAGACCCAAUGACGUAGACAGCUUUCCUUGUCGAGUUCAGUGUGUCUGCGUGAGGAGGUGCAGCGUGUCGUGUGAAGGCUGGAUUACAUCUGUGCCGUGUUAUGAGCGAGGACAGAUGUGAGAAGAAAUUAACUGUGUUUAUUCAUCCCAUGGUACUUUUAUAAAAAUUGUUGAAAUGUGAACUUUUUUUGUUUAGUUAUGUGUGUUAUUAGUCAUUUGGGGGGGGGGGGUUUGCUCACUGAUCAAUGCACUUCUGCCCAAAAUUAAAUGUGUGUCAGCUGGACACAAGGUUUUCAAAGCAGACCUCCAUAAAAUUCCCUCCUUGUCCU